AGGCAGGCAGUCCAAGGGGGUAGAGCUGAACACAGCAGGCUGCCAUGCUGAAGCUACAUCGGCUGAAAAUCCCUGUGAUCCUGGCACUGCAAGCAGCUGCUCUCAUCUACUUCUUUCAGCUCCACACCUGGAACAGCGCCCAGAAGGAGCCGCCAGCCCAGACGCAUGUCCUCCUCGUCUCCUCCUGGAGGUCUGGGUCCUCCUUUGUGGGCCAGCUCUUCAGCCAGCAUCCAGACGUCUUCUACUUGAUGGAGCCGGCCUGGCACGUGUGGGCAGCUAUGCACCAGAGUAAUGCCAAGGUGCUACAGAUGGCGGUUCGGGACCUCAUCCGGUCCGUCUUCAAGUGCGACAUGUCAGUGUUCGAUGCUUACAUGUCUGAGCAGAGGAACCAGACAGGGCUCUUCCAGUGGGAGGCCAGCCGGGCCCUGUGCUCCCCUCCGGCCUGUGACCUUUUCCAGCGCAGUGACAUCAUCUCCAAACGCGCCUGCAAGACCCUCUGUGGCAAGUACCCUUUCCUCAAGGUCGCCGUGGCUUGCAAGACAUACAGCCACGUGGUCCUGAAGGAGGUCCGGCUCUUUAACCUUCGGGCACUCUACCCUCUCUUUGCUGACCCCUCCUUGAACCUGAAGGUCAUCCACUUGGUCCGGGACCCCAGGGCUGUCUUCCGCUCCCGGGAGCACACAGCAGGCGAGCUGGCCCAGGACAGCGCCAUUGUGGUGGGGCACCACAGUCAGCUGCCGGAAACGAAGCCUUACGCUGUGAUGCGCGAAAUCUGCAAAAGCCACAUCGAGAUCUACACUCAGGGCAGCUGUGCCCUUUCCGGCCUCCUCGAGGGCCGCUACCUGUUAGUGCGUUACGAAGAUAUCGUCCGGGAUCCUCUGGCCACGGUUGUCCAACUGUACAGAUUUGCCGGGCUCCGCUUCACUCGCCGCCUCAAGACCUGGGUGCACAACAUCACCCACGGGGAGGGUCUUGGUACACAGGCCUUUGACGUUGGGUCCCGGGAUGCAGUGAAUGUGUCCCAGGCCUGGAGGAAGACCCUUCCUUACCCCAAAGUGGCAAAGCUGCAGGAGGCAUGCAAGGACGCCAUGGAGGUAUUGGGCUACAGGCUGGUAAGUUCUAAGGAAGAACAGAGCAAUAUAUCACUGAACCUCUUACAUGCUCAGAAGUCCCUUACCAGGCUGGGGGAAAAGCUGAGCCAAUGCAGAUAG